AAGUAAGUUUCUAUACACGGCUUGGCACACGGUCAUCACCGUCCACCAGGUACGCCGUCGAUGGUACGGUACCAUCCCCACCCGCCCCUUGCCUUCCGUCAAGCGACUUUGAGCUCUGAACAGUACCUCCAUACUGGUUCUCGUGCAUCGGGUACCACCGUGACUCAGACAGGUAACAACGUAUCCAAUUUUCGCAGCCAAGUCAAGUUAGCGCACCUGUUACGCUGCGGUACCUCUUUUUAAGCUGAUAUGUAGUUUACAAGGGUCUUGCCCUUUAGUACUACCCAUCUGUGAUACAGUAAUAGUAAAAAAUGCGAAACGGUAAUCCGGUGCUUGCGAUAACGGUGACUUUAACGUGCGCGGUGACCCUUGUGGAAUGCGGCAUCACCCUUGCAGGUGUCAAAUGCGGGGUGAGAGAGUGCAAAUUGGGGGAAUACUGUUCGAGCUUUCAUAAUACUUGCGAGUCUUGUGCGGAAAUCUGUGAUCCAAAAGGUCACAAUUACGAAGCUACUGUUUGCGAGAAGGAGUGUCAAGAUUAUCUUCACGAUCAACGAUACGUACAGAAAGAUGCUUCAGGGAAAGAUGAUCCAGAAUUAAGAAGGACAGUGGACAGAUUAUCCCGCAUGGUCACAGUAACAUUAACGCUGGUAUGCUUGAUGCUGAUUGUGUUGGCCAGUUUCCUUUGUUUCCAAUUCUACCGAUGGAAGGAGAAGAAAAACAUCACGUUGGCCUCGAUCAAAAAUAAGUUUUUCAAAAAGCAGCAACCCCAAAACAGUCAGCAUAAUAUGGAAGUUAGCUUGGAAACUAAGAAACCAGACCUUCGUCUCAACAUGCCAUCCACCAAAACCAUUUCGGAUACCAGUCCUGUAACUGUGACUACCUCCAUAAGCAGAAGGCCAGCAGAGGACAGUACCUUGGACUAUGCGUACGACAAUCCAGCACUGAAUUCAUCUCCAAAAUGAUCUAUCGAAAUAGGAACACUAUUUAUUCCGUACUAUACGUACUAUCAAAUAGUUAUGGCUGCGAUAUCCGAUGAGUAUGAGUAUUUUUCCGAGAAGCCUUACUUUUGAGGAUAUUUAUUAAGGACAAUAGCUAUGGCAAUUGUUUUUUUGAAGUUAAGAUGCCUAGAAUGUGACAACUCAGCUCAGCCCAAAAACUGAGAAUCAUUGCAACUGCUAAUGUUUGAUAUUUAGUAUCAAGUUCCAGAAUAAUGUUAAAUAACAAAUCUAUCAAAGUCCACAAAAAUGGUGACAUUAUCUAAAAAGAGCCAAUGUAUUUCUAAUUUUCCAGUGAGCUAAAAUUCAAAUGGUUUGUCUAAUUCCUCACCAAUCUGGGUCAUUUAUACUUUUUUACUUUAUAUCGGUGGUGGGCACAUACAUCACAUCACAGAUCAUGUAAAAUACAAUUGUAUACGUCUAGACAUGUAUUUAUACAAUCUAAACAAUGUAGACAAUAUUGACAGAAUAGAAAAUAAUAGUUUAGUCAGACCGCUUGCAUAUAUCCUAUGCCGGUAGAAGUGAUUUUUCAAUAAUUAGAAAAGAUAUAAGAGUGAAUAUAUGAUAUUACUAUUUGUACAUACAAAGGUCUAGUUUCACGUUAAUAAGGAACAUUUCUAAAAUAAGAUACAAUACAUUAUGAAAGUCUUCUGGUCAAUAUUUAGAUUGGCAAGGCCGUUGUCGGUCAGUCAUAGGGAGUAACUUCUUACUAAUUAUUCUUGCUACAAUUUCUAAUUUGAUUUGAGCUUAUAUUAGACAAGUAGCCAAUAUUAUGAUACCAAAUAGCCGCAUAUUACGAUACCAGAUGAGUUAACUUACCUGCGCGAUUCUGAGCGACGUACAGCUGAAUUAGACAUCUUUUUUCACAGAUACAGCACUCGACGGGAUAUUUUCUUCCAUAUUCGAACAAAAUCAGCCAUAGCUCAUGAAUUUCAGCUCGAUCUACCAUAUUGUUCUUAAAAUGGCUCUACCCUACUGUUCUUAAGAUUGCUGGUUUACUGAUGUUUUGAUGUUUGCGAGAAACCAUACCUUCACAUUGCUUUUCAAUACAUUGUCUUCAUCAUUGUUUAAACUUUAUACAUUGUAUACGUAUUGUUUACAUCGAUACACGAAUAAACGCCCAUAACUGCUGAGUAUCUUAGCAUAGCACAAAGAGUAACCAAUAGUUCGUAUAACCUAUGAUAGUAACGGAGUUUUCCAGCAGGUAAGCGAUCAAAAAGUCUGGUAUUGUUGAGCGGAAAAUUGGAUAUUACUAUUACAACUUGAAGUUACACAUGUUUAAUAUUAUUAUAAGUUAUAUUGUCGUAGUUAGGUAUAUAAUUUGUUACACAUGAGAUUUGUAUUGCAUUUUACUUAUGUUGAAUCUCGUGCUGACGUAUUCUGCUGUACUUACUUGAUCAUGAGAUUACUCAUUUUAGUACUUAGUUCUGUGAGUCAUAAGUCAGUUGAAAACUGAUUUCCUCAAUUAAUACAGUUUUUCAUGAUUUUCUUAUUCAAAGAAACGCUGCCACCACUCUAGCUGGUUUUGUGUAAAUUUCAAAGUGUCUUACAAAUAUAUAUCAAGCAGAUAUUAUUAGGUCAUGCGUCUUAUCUAUAGGGUCCAACCAGGCUGAAACCAAUGAUCGUCUGGGUCACUCAAAAAUAAUAAUAAUAAUAAUAAUAAUAAUAAUAAUAAUGUUUAUUGUCACAAAAUACAGGUAAAUAUCAAAUAUUGUGCUCAAUAAACAUAAAGCACCCAAAAAAAGUUUGCACUUGUGUUUGGAUUUGUACAAAAUAAAAACUAAUAGUACAGUCAGUGUAUGAAAAAAAAAACCGUUAAUACUGUAUAAUUUGGUGAAUUAUUAUGGUAAUGUCAGAAAAAAUAUCCAGACAAUUAGAACUAAAGUAAAAGUAUGGAUGUUAGUGAUUUUGAUAAUGAUUUUUCAGAUCUACAAUUUCGUGGAUCGAGUACCUUGGUUGUUGUAAAAUCCAUUUGUUUAGUUCUUUUUUAAAUGAUUUAAUUGAUUUAAUUACUUUUAAUGACUCUGGUAUGAAGUUAUAGAAUUUUGGUCCCAAGAAAAAAAGAGAUCGUUGUGUAAUGGUUUUUUGAUGUUUGUGGAAUACACAUUGAAUUUUGAUGGAAUCUUGUUGGUUAGUUAUGAAUGGUACGAUUAAAGUAUUUUGAAUAUUUGAAAUAAUGUAUUAGACCACAAUAAAAAUAAAUUUGCCUGCAAUCUAAUAGCUGAGCCUCCACAUAUAGAAAAUCACUUGAAUAAGUAAUAAUGAUGAACGUUUGCGCCUCCGGGUCUGCUGCUUAUAAGUAGAAAUUUCUAUUUGAAUGUGUGAUGUUCCAUCAAACAAUGGGAUAAUUUGGUUGUGUUACAUUCGGAUUAAAAUAUUAUGAAACUCAAGAUAUAUAAAUACCAAAUUUGCUAAAGUAUAUCAGAGAAAGACUGGAUUAUUUUCAGUAAUAAACCGAAGAUUCCUGAAAUCAUACACUCCUAGCGUUCUAGUAACGGAAUCAGUGAUAUAUUCUUUGUAAUUGCUUACUUAGUUGAAAUACAAAUUAAAAAUAGCUGCACAUUCACAGAGCUUUAUAGGAAACACCUCAUUUGCUGCUAUGAUUUCAUUACCAUGUAAAAUAAUUCUUACGAGAGCCGUUUUCAAAAUCAUACCACCAAGUAAAAGUCAGUUUUCAAAAUAAAGUAACAAUGUAUAUCAUUUUUUUUGACAGACCUUUUGAAAGGUAUGUCAACUGUUCUUAAGCUCAUUUUCUAAGAUUAUGGGCAUUUUCACUAUAUCAGUCGACCGAGUUUCUGCACUUUUUCUCAGCAGUACUGAUUUUAUGGCAGCUUCGGCCUCAGAUCAAAACCUCGGUUUUUUUGUCAGAAGGCCAAAUGUUUUUUUUUAUUGCGGGCGAAGCCAACACUUCGAUUGGACCCUAUUCAUAUAUGAACCUUUUGGGGAUACGUACAAUUAGCUCAUUUUUUACAUAUGCGUUACUGAUUAUAUUGGGUAUCGUGCAAUUCAUAAUAUUUUCAUAUUCUAUCUUUCGCUUUGAUCUAGUCCUUGAAAAUCGGAUGCGCUAUUAAUGUAGUACUCCAAAUAUGUGUUUGAAAGUAAAAUUUAUUAUUUCUCAAUCCAGUCAGUGACAAUAGUAGUUUAAGAGUAUCUUUAAUUUUUGCUCAGCAUAAAUUGAAGACUAUCAUUCGCUCUCUGGGUAUGUUUAAAAAUGUUACGAACCGCGUUCAUUUUCGCCAGUUCAGCUAAUUAUAAAAGGCGCACUGAGAAACUAAACCAUACAGUUGACCUAAAUAUUGUGGAAACCGUUUUUAUUCGUCUAAAUUGUAUUUCUUGAUCAUAUUUCCUAUGCUAGCCGAAAUUGUCGCCAUAUUUGGAGAAAUUGCUAACCACACGCCGCAAUAGGUAGUACUGACGUUAUGGAGAAUAUGAUAAUGAAAGGUAAUAGUGAUUUCGCAAGUGUCUACUGACUGGAUUGGAUUUAAUUAAACAGACAAAUUUUCCGUUAUGUUUAAAUUCGAAAACGGUAUUUUACAGAGACAAAUAUUUAAAUAGUUUUAAUAGCUGAGCCAUGCUUUCUCUUUAGGAAGAAUCAUCACAUGUAUAUGCGCUCAAAGAGCAACUAUCACUAAACCUUCAAAGUAUUGUGUUAUUAUUAAUUUUAUAUAUGAUCGUAUAUUUUCUAGAUAUAUUUAUGUACAGUUAUCCAUCAAAUGGCGCUUCUGCCCCUAUUACAGAUUUUAAAAUGGUACUAUGUACGGGUGGAAAAGUGCACUUCAUGAAUAAGUUUUCCAGACGUUAAGUCCCACUUUUAGUAUAAAGUAACUGUGGCGCCCGCCAAGUGUUGAGCACGAUCUGGCGACUUCUAGCGUUGCACUAGUUUAUUCGUUGCUAGGUGACGACGCGACUACCGGUGAUGGAAUGAUACGGUCAAUUUAUUUUAUUUUUAAUCCUACUUAAUUUUUGAUUUUAGUGCUUGGUGCAGGAAAGUCAUUUAAUUUCAUGCCGCUUAUCAAAGAGAUAAAAAAACUUGUUCAUAUAUAUAUAUAUAUAUAUAUAUAUAUAUAGGAAAAGGGAUUCUAUUUACUACGUAACACUACAGUAUUGAAAAAUAAAUUACGUCCAUUAUUCAUCCCUGAAUGAGAUCAAAAACAGAUUAACCAAAUUCAUAAUCCAAUAAAGUUGAAAUUUCAACAACGUAGCUCUAAAAAGAGUUCACCUUAUCAGUAAUUCUGAUAAUAGUUUCUACAACAACUGCUAUUUUCAUGACUUGCUUCAUCUUCAAUUCGCCCGAGUUUUUUAUAUUUAUCAUUCAACUUUGUAAUUAGCCUAUUAGUACUAUGUUUUGGAAGUCUAGUUCGGUUCUUUCUAUGCAGAUAGGAAGGACAGCGAGAACCUUUUUAGCCAUGCAGUUAAUCAUGGUCAUGAUAAAUUGUAAUGGUGAUUUUUUAUUAUGAGUUGUGUCCUCCGUACCCGAACAAACCGGAAACGGAUUACAGUGUCGGAUGACGUUUCACACACAUUGCAAAGAACAAAUGACAGCGGAAAGACAGAGAGUGCGACGCGUAUUGUUCAGAAAUUUUCAAAUUCGGAUACAAUCGUCGUUGUGAAAAAUACUGAUGAUUUUCUCAUCGGCUAUCGAUUCUUAUCGUUAUUUCUUUCGAUAUUUAUCGUUAUUUAAAAUGAGUUGAUAAUAUAUAAAUAACCGAUUGUAGAUUAUCGGUUUGAAUGCCCUACUGUCUAUAUGAUUCAGUAGGUACGUCCAAACGCCGAGCUCUCAGUUUCGUAUAAACAAGAAACAGAGGUUCACAAAUCCACUACCGGUACUCCUCGAUGAGUCGGUACCUUUAAAGUAUUCAUAAUAUUUAUCCGGUGACAAAGUUGUUCCCGAUAAGUUCGUAAUUUUUACUUCCCAGUUUAGCUCUUUUGUCUUCUCCGAGCGCUGUAAUUGGUAUUGACAGUGUUAAAAAAAAGCACCACCGCACUGUCACUUGUCUCUGUAUCAGGUACAGUUGAAAUAGCACGUUGUAAUUGGAAGCGACAGCGUUCUGGAUUUAAUUAUCCCAGUCUUAGUUAAUUGCCAGUUGAUGGAGCGAUCGAUCAAAACACAGUAGACGGUUAAUUAUUAUAACAGGUAGACAUUUUUUUGUAGUGGAAUAGGGGAGAUGAGAAGAUAUUAAUUAUUGGAAAUAACAAACAUAAAUAAAAUGUAGAGAAUCAUGAUGGACGAAGUGACAAUGAAAGUUGUUUAUUCUAUGCAUCAACGAUUUUAAACUUUAAGCAGGAAAUAAAGAUUAUUUAAGAGGGAUCUUACUUUAAUCCACAAAUCAGGAUCAUUCACGUCACUCCUGCCUACGACAAGAUAUUAAUUGUUACGGCAUGUCAUUUUCAUUUACUCGCGCUCCAUAUUCUGUUUUUCAGUAGACCCAUUCCGCUUGUUUGCUUUCCAUUGACUGUUCCAAAUGAAGUAUACGGUGGUAACGAUUGUCACCAAGAUAGGAAGCAAAUAGAUCCUAUUCAACCGGCGAUUAUUAUUGUUGAUUUAUUCUUAUGGGAAAUGAUUCAGUCUAUCUCAGUUAGCGUACCUUCUGUUUUUCUAAACACCAAAAGUAAGUUUUUACCAUAGCUAGACGAUAACACAUUGGAAGGUUGUUUGGAGUAAAAGGACCAAAAACUAAAAAUAUGAACAAUAGCAUACAAUGAGGACCAUGAGUUGAAACACAAGGUGACGCGGCUCUGGCGUGACGAAUCUAUAGCCGCAUCGAAUUACAGUCACAACUGUACGAUGGACCAAGAUUUUGACGCACUAUGUCAACUAGGUUUAGUAGGAGUAUUCAGUAUCAUUAGACUUUUCACUAAUCUUAACGCUUUCACAGCUAACUCUGCACUUUGAUGGAUAACUGAACAUAUGGUCUAAUUUCGUCCAUACUAAACAUUCCAUUUUUAGUAAGCUAUUAUAGGUAUUAUCAUGAAUAUUGUAUAUAAAACACCUAGAAUUGUAAAUAAUGUUAGCAUUCGUAUUAUUAUGAUACAAUGGGUUCCCACAUGGCGGCUAUCUUACUUAAUUUACACACCUCCAGAGCAGUACUCAGUACUGGUAAGUGUGGAGAAAUCACAGUUAUGUACAUAUAAAUAGUUGACUUAAGUUAUCAUACUUAAUUUUAUUUUAGUAACUGUUUAGUGUUUUAUUGUUAUAUCCUUAUCGUAUCCGUCCAUUAUUUUUUAUUUUUUAGCUAUUACACGAUUAUCGUAGACACUGUAUAUCUGAUAUACUACUGUUUUGUUUUCAAUAAAGGUUAUUUGGUGUA